AUGAGUAAGUCGGACGAGCGAAGUAUUGCAGCGAAGCGAGAGUUCUCGAAGCUCGAGCUCGAGCUGGUCCAGACGGCGAACGCCACACUCAAGUUCCUCAAACGCUUCAUCAAGGAUGAGAUCCAAGAAGUAAAGAAGAACGCUUCGGACCUGCGCUACCUCGCUACGCGGAUUCGCCGGACCAAGCAAUCAUCGGGAUCAGAGGUCAACGCUGCUCGAAUGUGCAUGAACCAAACCGCGGAGGCCAUGAUCGACUUGAUACGAGCAGCUCGAGUCUACGACCACAACUACGCCUCAAGGACGACUCCAGUUGACGACGACAGCGGCAGCAUGGAGAUGGAGGCCAAACUGUUUGGCAGGACCCACCACUACGAGAACAGCGAGUCGAUGGAAGAUUUGUUCCGUUCCAGUAGCAGUGAGUUCAAAGUGCGCGUGACGGAGGAAUCUGCCAAGACACCUGAUACAGUGGAGGCGGUCGUGAGAUUGACGCUGCGCUCGAGUUUCGGCGGGUUGAACGCGCUGAGAAGUCAAAUUGCCACCACGGAGAAAGCGUUGGCACCUAGCGAGCCAACGAGGCGUCGAGAACAAGCUAUCUGGGCGAUCGAAGCUCAGACCAAGACACGGGACAGCCAUGCUUAA